AUGUUUUACAACAGUGACUCUCGAAAGUCCCUAGAGGACCUCAAAAAGGCAUUUGAUACAUCCUUGGAGGAUGAGACUUGGCCUGGUAUGGUGACUACAACAACAAACAAAAUUAGGAGUUUCCACUAUGCUAAAGCUUUCGGAAACGACGAUUGUACAUCUGAUAGGAGGCCACUCGCCAUAAGCUCUAUCAUAGUGCUUACAUCCAUAAGCAAGCUCUUGACCUCUAUUGCUGCUCUUCAGCUAGUUGAGAAACGAUUUGUAGAUCUCAAGACGGAUUUGUCAUCCUUGAUACCAACAUUAGCCUCCUAA